AUGUCCUCUCCAACACAAAUUUUCUCUAUUUACAGGACUUACUCAAGGCAGGUUAGGCGGCUUCCACAUCUUUUUCUUCGUCAGUUUUUCUCAAUCAAACUUAAGGACGAUAUCCGGAAUAUUAUCAGCUCAUCUGACUCGGACCGGCGUUUGUCUAUGUUGAAGCGUAUUUCAAAAGACCUAAAGAAGCUAGAGGCUGCCAACAAUGGACAAGUGAAGGCUUUCAACCACAUACUAGAUAUUGCAUACGGUAGGAAAGGGAAACUUAGGUGGGAAAUAAUGAAGCCCUUGCUAACCGACCCAGCUGUUGCCUUUCCACCAAAAGUUAUCCCAGCCGUCGAAAAGUCUCGUCCUCCGGUCUACUCUCCGGAGCUGAAAGCUCUCUUAACAAGUGCCAAGUCAAGAAAAACUCGACCUUUGGCUUUGCGAACUCUGACUAGGCCUCCUAAACUUCCUGCUGAAGCUGAUGUCAAGUCAGAUGAGGCUCGCCUGUUUGGACCUUUCAGCAAAAGGCGAGAAGUCAACAUUCGAUGGCGCUAUUUCACCGAAGAAUGGAAAAAAGUUCGACCUCCGACUCAAACCCUUGUUAGGGAGAUAUCUUCUGGACAAACGAGAGACAUUGUUGACAGCGAGACAAUCCAUGGUCUUGGCAUUCGUUCAGUUGGCUUUCAAGGUCAAGGGGUGUAUGAGGAUGCUGAAAGGCUGGUAGGGGCUUCAACCACACCUCCUCUUCCUCGCAAAGGACGCCACAUAGGCAGAGAUGGCGACCUCUUGAAUAGAGCGGCGGACCCAGGAAGGCACAAAUCCCGAUGGGUACGGCGCCGUUAUCAAAGCCUUCUUUCCCGUUUACCACUCUUGGUAUACACCCGAUUCUCUGGGUCUUACUCGGUUGAGUUGUCGCCCUUCGCCUCUUUACCGCAUCCAGGCCCUCAGCGCUAUCCUGAUGCUAAUUCUGUGGAUUUAGCCUGGCACAGUCUCGAAUCUCUUGCACAGACCAAGAAGUUGCCAACGUCAUGA